AUGAAAAAGAGGAAGAUGUUGGCUCGUUCAAGCAUUUUAAGACAGGCUUUUGUUAGAGGUUACGCCUCGAAGCCAUUUGUGAUGGUCAACAAGGACACCAAGGUGAUCUGCCAAGGUUUCACAGGCAAGCAAGGAACCUUCCACUCGCAACAAGCUAUCGACUAUGGCACCCAGAUGGUCGGAGGUGUCUCCCCCGGAAAGGGCGGCAGCAAGCAUCUCGACCUGCCCGUCUUUAACUCGGUCAAGGAGGCCAAAAAGGCAACCGACGCCAACGCCUCGGUCAUCUACGUGCCACCCCCAUAUGCCGCCCAAGCCAUCAUUGAGGCCAUCGAGGCCGAGAUGGAAUUGGUUGUUUGCAUUACUGAAGGUAUUCCACAACAAGACAUGGUACGUGUAAAGUACUUGCUCAACCGUCAAAACAAGACACGUCUCAUCGGACCAAACUGCCCAGGUAUCAUCAAGCCCGGAGAGUGCAAGAUUGGUAUCAUGCCAGGUCACAUCCAUCGUCCAGGUAAGAUUGGUAUCGUCUCGCGUUCAGGUACCCUCACCUACGAGGCUGUUGCCCAAACCACUGCCGUCGGUCUCGGUCAAUCCACCUGUGUCGGUAUCGGUGGUGAUCCAUUCAACGGCACCAACUUUGUCGACUGUCUCAAGCUCUUUACCAAGGAUCCACAAACUGAAGGUAUCAUCCUCAUCGGUGAAAUCGGUGGUGAAGCCGAAGAAGAAGCUGCCCUAUGGCUCAAGGAAAAUCCAACUGACAAGCCAGUUGUCUCUUUCAUCGCUGGUUUAACUGCUCCACCAGGUCGUAGAAUGGGUCACGCUGGUGCCAUUAUCAGUGGUGGUAAGGGAGGUGCUGAUAGCAAGAUGAAGGCUUUACAAGAUGCUGGUGUCAUUAUGUCACUCUCACCAGCCAAGUUGGGUGUCACCAUGCUCGAAGCCAUGAAGAAAAUUGGCAAAGCUUAA